CCUCUCCACUUCUAAUUUUAGUGUGUUGGUUGCAUCAUCAUUAACGAUUGAUCUUUUUUAACUCCUAGCCUAAGAGUUUUCAAAAUCACAAGAAGAAGAACAACAACUAACCGAAAAAUCACAACAAAGAUGGGAAAUUCAUCAUCAAUAGUAACACUGUCAACCUCGGAGGAGAUGAGACAAUUUGUGGAGAAGGAUGAUGAACAAUUAAAAAAUCAUGCAGUGGAGAAUGGUAAAUAUAGAGAAGGAGACUUGUUCAUAUCGAGGAAGGGAAUUGAAACAUUAUGGAGAAAAUAUGAUGUUGAUGGAGACAAUUAUUUGCAAGAUGUUGAAAUUAAACAAUUUCUUCUCGAUUUGAUUAAUGCAAUUCAUAAUAGGAGUAUUGAAGAUUUGGAAAAUCAGAAAAGAUUGAGAAAGACGAGGGCAGGAUCCAUUGAUCCUUCUCUUCAAAAAAGGUAUCAGACAAGAUUUCAAGAGAUUUUCAUGCUCACUGAAUUGUAUAAGAGUAAACUCCCAGAAUUGAUGAAAGAUUUGGAUGGUGAUGGUGAUGGUCUCGUUAGUGAGGAACAGUUUUUUAAAUAUUUGGAGAAUUUUAAUACUUAUGUGUGGAAGGAGUUAUUUGCAGAUAGUAUUGAAAGUUUCAAGAAUGAAUUUCAAUUUUCUUCAUCACCUAAUUCUCCCUCACUCUCAUCCUCACCUAACACUCCCAAUUUUAUUAAACCAAGUCCUCGUUCGCCAACCAAUUCAAUUUCCUCAUCACCAGUUGGGACACGGUCAUUAGUUUCAGGGAAUUCUAUUUCACCCACUGAAAUUUCACAGAAAUCAUCCUUUCCAUCUAUUCCUACUGAAUAUGAUUCAGUGGGUGAAGUAAUUCACAGAGAGGAUUUUUAUGAAAUGCAUUUACCAACGACUUGGAAAAAAGGAAUGGCUCUUCCUAGUGGAGCUCCAAUAUUCACAUCCCCACUCGAUAAUGGCAAACUCAAAGAAGAUAUACUGUGUACACAAUUAUUCACGAAAAAUUCCUCUCUGGAAGAACAAUUUAAAAGAUUGGAGAGAGGAAGCACCAAGGUUUCAAAUUUCAAAGUUUUACAAUCCAUGACAAGUAUUACAAAUGAGAGAAAUAUUCAACCAGAAAAACAGUGUGCAUUUUGUACUUUACAAUUUGAUCAGUUAUUACCAAUCAACAAGACCAAUACUGUAAAGAUGACAAUCUAUCAAAAGAUAGUUAUCAUCCAAGAUGGAAUGGGCUUGAUGCAUCAAAUCAAAUAUACCACUAAUAUCAAUCCUGAGGAAAGAAAUGAACAAGUUUUUGACAAAAUGAUAAGAGAAGGACUUUACACAAGGUCUUUAUUAGAAAUAGAUACAAAAGAAGUUAAACUUUCAAAAGAGUUAUCAAUGUCAUUCCCAUCCAUUAUGCACAUGGAAGUCCAAGAUGGAUAUGUAUUUUUAUUUCACCCUGUACAAAUAUUAUCAAAUAAUUCAGAACGAGAAAAUUUCAAUGCCAAAAUAUUACUACCACUCAAUUUUGAAGAACAAGUUAACACAGUUGUAAAGGAAAUUUUACAAUCACCAGAAGGUACCCUUGUUACAUCAGAAGACAUAGAAAUUGGAAAUUUGAAAUAUCCAGGAAAGAGAUUAUUUUUUACUUACAAGUUGGAGAAUUUCAAAAUUGGACAAAUUUGCGUUUUUGUAAAGUCACCAUCUUGUCAUUAUUAUUUCAGCUAUACUUCAUCAUUAUCAAUGAUGAGUCAGAGCUUAUUUUAUCAAUUAAUUGAUAAUCUCACAUUUAUUAAUGUAAACUCACUCCACAUUAGGAAAGAUCCUGUAUCAUUGUCUCAGACAGUAUCAAGGAAACACAGCCCAACAAUAAGUCAACGAAAACAAAUGGCUUUACGAAGAGAAAAGUCACUUGUAACAUCAACCUUAACUUCUCAAACAAUUACCGCCAAAUCUACCAACCCAAAUAUUCCUACCAAAUCAUCAGUAUUUAACUAAUAAAAAUGAAAUCUAUUUU